AUGUACAACUUUUGGAUUAUCCAGUACGGUUUUGUGUUCGUGUCAACAAUCAAAGAAGUAGUCGGCCAGCCUGGGCACUACGAAUUUCAAAUGUUUGCAAAUGCAUUGGAAGAGCCUUAUCGUGUGCACUGCGAUAAAGCAGUACUGGAUAAAGUCGGACUGUUGCAACGAACAGACAUCCAGCGGCUGUAUUUGUUAGCAACGGGUCAAGGGAGCUUCAAGCACUCAUUCGAUGAUUAUUCGAGAUACCCAUCUAACCCUUGUAUCACGAUUUGGGCGAGCCACUUGGUUGUCAAGCCCUGGCCAGUUACAGAAGAAUUGAGACGUCUGGGUAAAGGAUCGGAAAAUAGUAUUCUUCAAUAG